UAAUAUUCUAGGAUACAAGCUUAACCACGAGGUAAGACCCUAAGCACAGGCCUCCAGGAGCCGCUGGGAGCUGCCACCAGGAGCUGUCACCAUGAUGGGGGAACUUGAGGUUAAGAACAUGGACAUGAAGCCGGGGUCAACCCUGAAGAUCACAGGCAGGAUCGCUGAUGGCGCUGAUGGCUUUGUAAUUAACCUGGGCCAGGGGACAGACAAGCUGAACCUGCAUUUCAACCCUCGCUUCAGCGAAUCCACCAUUGUCUGCAACUCACUGGAUGGCAGCAACUGGGGGCAAGAACAACGGGAAGAUCACCUGUGCUUCAGCCCAGGGUCAGAGGUCAAGUUCACGGUGACCUUUGAGAGUGACAAAUUCAAGGUGAAGCUGCCAGAUGGGCAUGAGCUGACCUUUCCCAACAGGCUGGGCCACAGCCACCUGAGCUACCUGAGCGUGAGGGGCGGGUUCAACACGUCCUCUUUCAAGUUAAAAGAAUAAAAGACUAACAACCGAGA